AUGGCAAGCAUUCUUUGUCAUUGCGACGAUGAAGCAGCUGGAGGACACUAUGGCGGGAAUCACACUGCAGGAAAGGUCAUGGAAGCAAGGGUAGGUAAUAUUAGCAAGAGGGACAAAAUGCCUCUCAACUCCAUUUUGGUAUGUGAAAUUUUUGAUGUUUGGGGAAUUGACUUCACGGGUCCGUUCCCAUCGUCACACUCUUAUGAGUAUAUCAUAGUAAUCAUUGACUGUGUCUCUAAGUGGGUCGAAUCAAUCCCUAUUAGGACCAAUGAUGCUCGGGUGGUGUGUGAAUUCUUAAGGAAAAAUAUCUUUACCUACUUUGGGACACCUAGAGUGAUUAUCAAUGAUAAUGGGUCACAUUUUGUGAACAAGCAGUUUGCUGAACUCCUGUCCAAGUAUGAGGUCACACACAAAACGAGAACCUCGUACCAUUCCCAGACUAGUGGGCAAGUCAAAGUGGCUAACCGUGAACCUAAACGAAUUCUUGAAAAGACGGUUAGUGCUUAUCGUAAGAAUUGGUCGGUAAAGUUGGAAGAAGCUCUAUGGAUGUACAGAAUUGCGUUCAAAACAACCAUAGGGAUUUCAUCAUUCAAUCUAGUGUAUGGAAAAUCGUGUCACCUACCUAUUGAGAUAGAACAUAAAGCUUAUUGGGCAGUUAAUAUGAUUAAUCUUGAUCUUAGUCUUGCAGGUGAAUACAGGUUGGCGCAGAUGAAUGCAUUGGAGGAGUUUAGACUGGACGCGUAUGAAAAUGUGCAGAUUUAUAAGGAAAAGACUAAAAGGUGGCAUGAUCGUCUGAUUAAGCCAAAUGAGUUUCAUGAAGGGGACACAAUCUUACUGUACAAUAGUAGACUCAGAUUAUUUCUCGGAUAA